AAAGCCGACGCCAGGUCGGGAUCUUCAAACGGUGCAAACGGUGCGAAGUGUUUUCUUCUGCUUACUAAAAUCCGCGAAAGGUCACCAGCAGUGAUUCGACAAAUCAGUGAUAACGAAUUCCGAAAAUUUCAAUUUCAAGGUCUUGCCAGGAGUCCGAUCCAGAGCAGUGUUGUCGGUCAAUCAGUCAGUCAAGUCAGAACGGUCAGUAAGAGUGGAUACACGGUUGAAAGAGUCCGGUCUCCUGUUCACAACCGCGAGUGCCACCAGUGCGAGUGAACUGAAUACGUUAGACGUAUAGUUGAUAGCAGCAGGGCGUACUUUCUCGUUGCAAGUUUCUGCCGGCAAUGCAAGACGCCGACGACGGUGAGGGCUGCUUCGGAGCAGUUGACGAAAGCGCAGUGCACGUGUCCUGGCGCUGCUGGUUUCAGCUACUGGCAGCGGAGAAUAGAACUUUGGAACAUUCGUUGCUGGGUUUGCUGCCGGAUUGUGGAGAUGAUCUGUUCGUUGGAAGGAUUCCGAUUGGGACGCUAUGCUAUGUGGUGGCCGUUGUGGUCGUUGGAUGGUUGUGCUGGAAGUUCUACUACGGCGCCGUGGUAUGGAAGAGAGAUCUCACCGACAUCGGUUACAACCACAUGUUAGACAACGAACGCAUCGGCAAAAGUGACCGUAAGCGAGCACACACCAUCAACCGGCUGCGCAGAUUACGCAAAGUUGGCCAACGAAUUCCACCACCUUUCCCGAACGGAUGGUUCGGCAUUCUGGAAUCGGAACAACUAGCCAUCGGAAAAGCCCGCAGUGUCGAUUGUUUAGGUCAAAACUUCGUCGUCUUCCGUUCAUCAUCCGGGGAGGUCAACGUACUGGAUGCCUACUGUCCACAUCUAGGUGCAAACCUAGGAGUCGGUGGAGUAGUUCGCGGUGACUGUAUCGAAUGCCCGUUCCACCACUGGACAUUCAGUGGAAAGGAUGGACAGUGCACCAACAUUCCGUACAGUAAAUCCGGCACCAUUCCUCGGGUGGCCAAGGUGAAGAAGUGGAAAUCGAUGGAAGCGAACGGGUUUAUCUUCGUGUGGCACCACGUAGACGAGGAUGUGGAACCGUGGAAGUUGACCAUUGUUCCGGAAAUCGAAGACGGUCGAUGGGUUUACUACGGGAAGAACGAGUUUCUGGUGAACGCUCAUAUUCAGGACAUUCCGGAGAAUGGUGCCGAUGUGGCGCAUUUGUCUUCCGUGCAUGGACCGAAUAUGCUGUCCGGGAGUGACAUUCGCUACUUCCGACCGAAGUGGGCUCAGUUCGGGAUGCACACCUGGCAUGCGAGUUGGCACGAACCGGAUGAAACGGACCCACCUCACAUCGCCCGCAUGGAUCUAAAGCACGCCUUCCGGUUCUUCGGCAAGUGGGAGGUUUGUACGGUCACUGUUCAAGCGUACCAGGUGGGACCAGGGUACGUGCAGUUGCAGAUGCAAACCGGGCUCGGACCGAUGGUUGCCCUGCAAACGGUUACCCCGGUGGAACCGCUGGUGCAGAAAGUCAUUCAUCGGUUCUAUGCUCCUCGGAGUUUGGGAAAUGCGUUCUUCCAGAAGUUUGCCGUUUGGGCGGAAAGUGUUAUGUUCGAACGGGACAUGAUGAUUUGGAACCAGAAGCAGUUCGUCGAGAAUCCUCUGUUAAUCAAGGAGGAUCGUUUGAUUAAGGCGUACCGGAAGUGGUAUAGCCAAUUUUACUCGGAAAACAGCAUCAGUUACACGUUGGCGAAGGAGAAUCUGGACUGGUGAUGUCCGGGCACAGGGGAAUAAUUUGUACUUUCGAUUUCAUUUAGGAUUAAGAUUGUAGUUGUCUGUGAUUACCGAAUAUUGCACAUGUUUGUAGAAUAUCCGAUUAAUACGUUCCUGAUCCUUUUACAUGACCAAACAUUAUAUUGUCAAUAUUACUGUUGGCAAUGUUUCUGUAUCGUGUAGGUUUCGCCUAAUGAUUUUGGGUAAAUGUAAGAUUUGUUCCAGUACUUGAUUCCUGAUCCCAGCUUGUCCGGAGCAAGCAAGGUCGAAACAAGCUUACUUCCAUUUAUUCCGGUUUGCGAAUAGAUAAGAGGGAAAUUGAUCUCCUUGUUUGCUCCGGUCUACAACCAGUUUGUCUUGUUACUGGCACAAACCUAUAGACUCGUGAUUUUCGCUAUGUCCGCAGAGUCGUAGAUCAAUGAUGUUACAACCCAGUAGUAGUUAAAACAUAAUUUUCAUUGAAGACUUAGCAACGGGACAAACAAGA